AAUGGAUGAAAAUAAAAAUACUCGUGUUAGGAAGCGGGUUUUUAAAAGAACUGCAACACCGACAUUUUCUCCCUUAACUUCAGAAGAUAGGGACAGAAUUUCAGUACUAAACAAUCAUAAAGAUCAAAGAUUUGUAAACAAGGAACAAAGACGGUUAAGUAAAUCUCCAGAGGAUGUUUAUGAAUUUCAAUCACCAGGUUCUCCAGUUAGGAAAGCUAUUAGAAAGAGAACAUUUAAAAGACAUAUACCCAAAGAAAUUACUUAUAAUUAUAGAGGUGUUUAUGCAGAUAUUUCACCUGAUAGAUUUAAUAAUCAAUACGAUCAGAAUGAAACAUUUGAAAUUAUAUCGAAAAGUCACAGAAGAGUGAGUGCUGAUCAAACCAUUGACUCGGUAAACGGAACUUUUACACAAUUAAACGUUCCAUGUAGUUCUUUUAUAGAUAACUUAAAAGAGCGAGGUGAAGAAUAUAAGGAAAAUUUGCCAUGUGUCGAUAGUGAGAAAUUAAGAGGAGACUUUUCAAAUGUAUUUGUAAAAGAAUCAUUAGCUUCUAAAAUUUCUAAAAAAGAUGGUAAAGAAAAUGUACUCCAAAUGACUAUUUCGUCAGAAGUUAAUUUAAUAGAUCCUAUUUCGAAGAAACUAAAAGGAAGAAGAAUCUCUUUAAGAAAAGAUAUAUUAGAAAAUCAUCCAGUAAAUGAAUUAAAUCGUGAUCCAGGCUCCAGUGAUAAAAAAUCAAAGAAAUUGCCUGAAAGUAUAAAUAACGAUUCGGAUGCUGAUAUUCAAUUUCAUAUUAGACAAAAUGUGAGAAAAAUUGAUAUUAAUGAUGUUAAAGAUAAUCUCUAUGAUAAAGUUACUAAGUCAGAUUGUAAUAAAGUUAUAAAAUCAGCAAAGCAGAAAUAUGGACAGGCUUAUCAAGAGAAUUACCUUGAUAAUAAAGCGGAUGAAAUUGGCAACAGUAUAUCGAAUUCUUCUGACGAAGAAACUGAACUUCAAAAGAAAGAUUCCCACGGUGAUAUAACAAAUCUUAUAAAAUGCAAUGAUUCCGAAUCUGAUGGUGAAGAUUUAGAAGUUUUUCAAGAGAGGCAGGCAGCUGUUAAAUCAAAGUCUAGAAGAGAAAUUAGAAAAUCAACAGCUAAGACGGUUAUUGAUCAAGCUAAAUAUCACAGUUUCAUAUUAUCUCUAUCCGAAGAAGUUGAUGAAAGUGAAAAGAAGAGGCAUCCGGAAGCUAUACGCUAUGUAAAAGACUUUCAAAAGAAUAAAAAUGAACUAGCAAAAACUUUAUUUCAAGAAUUUAAUAAUAAAAUAUUUGACGGAAAAUUGCCUGUUACAAUGGAUAUAAGAUGGAAUAAGAGGCUAUCUACCACGGCUGGCUAUUGCAAGUAUACCAUUAAUAGAACAACAAAUGCUCAUAAGGCCUGUAUUGAGUUAAGCGACAAAGUUUGUGAUUCAUCCCAUCGUCUUCGUGAUAUUCUUUUACAUGAAAUGUGUCACGCAGCCGUUUGGAUUCUAAAUAAGCGGAAGGAGAGUCACGGACCAAAUUGGAAAGGUUGGGCUGACUUAUCAAGUUUAGUUUAUCCCGAAAUACCAAGAGUAGAUGUUGCUCAUAACUAUGCCAUUGUAAAAAAAUUUCUUUAUAUUUGUAUGAACUGCAACUAUCAUAUAAGCCGCCAUUCUAAGUCUAUUGAUGAAAAUGCACCUUGUAAAAAAUGUGGUGUAGGCGAUCUGAAAUUGGAGCGUAAUCCCGCUUACAGUUCAAUUCGGAAGCAAAGAGCAAGGGAACCUUCAUCAGGUCUUCAACCAUUCGCGUUAUUCUUGAAAGAAAAUUAUAGAACUGUAAGACAGCAAAGAGGAUCUCAUUCGGAUACUAUGAAAGCUCUUAGUGAAAAAUUUAAAAAAUCUAAAUUAUCAAUCAGUUGA